UUGCCAACUUUAGCAAUGGGACAAACAAAGCCAAAGAAAGAAAUAGUAGAACAGAUUUUAGAAGUAUGCACUGUAUCCGAGGAAGAAGCAAUAGACGCUCUUGCUGCGUGUAACCAGGACUUGGAACUUGCAAUAGAAAGACUUUUGGCAGGAAAAGAAUAUAGCUGGCAAAAGGUUUCUAAGAGGGAUCGUUGUUUCACAUACUUUACUACGAAUCAGUUGAAUAAUGGGAAUUGUGCAAAAGAACCAGAAAAGUUCUCAAAAACCAACAAAAGGCCCAACAAGGCAGAGAAGCAUAAUCUUAAGCGACAAGAAGGAAGAUUCACAGGCUAUUCACAUGUUCUGAAUGAUCAGUCGAGAAUAGAGAAACCCAUAGACAAGCGGCUUGUUCCACUGAAAGAAGACUGCUAUAAUAACAGUAUCCCAAACUCCUCUAAACAUCAAAACAAAGCUAACAAAAGAAUAUGGAGAAGGAAAGAGAAAGUUGUAGACAGAGUGAACACUUGUAAUGAAAAAUAUGUGAACUCGGAAACAGACGAUAGCAAUGGAAAUAACUGGAACAAAGGCAUCAUUCAUUUGUUGGACUCUCCUAGUUUUAAAAGAAGAGAAUUAUAUUGGAAAGCCAGUCCGAAAGAAGAAUUAGAUAAAAGCAAACAAUGCCAUGAAGCCUCAUCAAAUAGUAGGAGCCAUAUACAGUAUUCCAGGCGGGAUAAACACAUCAGGGACUGCAAGGAUAGACUUUGUCCCACGUAUUUUGUAGAGAAUCAUGUCUCUUGUAAGUCUGCUACAGAAAAUGCCAUGGACAACUCCAUGCAAAAGUUGGAAUGGAGUGAAGAUUCAAGUUGUAGAGAGCUACGAAUAAGAUUUGGCUCUCUAACAGUGGUCUCACCCCUGAGAUGUUUUACUCAUGUAAACGAAAAUAAUGGCAAUGUCGUAGGAUCUGUUCAUUUCCAGUCAGGGAAGGUGGAAGGAUCACUUAUGAAAUCAUAUCGCCCAGCUGAUAUUUCAUUGCGUAAAGAUUUCCAUAUUGAUUCGUGGAACGAGUUUGAAGGAGCCAAAUUUUCUAAUACAGGCAAUUCAUUUACUAAUACUUUUGAUCAACAUGAAGCAGAAUAUCCACGCAUUCCAUGUCAGUUCCCCGACUUAAAGUCUCAGGAUGAGAUACUUAACAUUCCAGAGGUUCCAAAACUGGGUCAAGAAAUGGAAGUGGAUGGAGCUACGAUUGUUUAUCACGAACCUCAAAUGAAAAACCAUUUGACUAGAGAAACUUUACAGAAUAUUUCUCGUAAUGGAAUGAUUCCUUCUUCUGCGUCAUAUCCAUCCAAUCUUCCUUCCAUCACAAAGAAUUCUUUAGAGACAUCAAACAAGGUUCCAAUAUCGUUAUUGCCUCGAGACAUGGACCGAACUUUCUUCCAAUCUUUUAACCAUUCAAGGUUUCCUGUUGUGAACAAUGAGCCAUCCUUUGGUUUUCAUAUGCCAACUUAUCGAGAGAAAAUAUCAUUUUUGAAACAAAAUGACAUGCAAGAACAAAGUUAUACUGGAGAUGAUGAAUGGCUCCGGUCAUUAUGCAAAGAGAAUGACAAAGAGACCAAUCAACAAUAUCUGUGGGAGCAACUACUUGUUGGAAGGCUUUCUCCAGUUCAACAGCUGCAUCACCAAUACCCUAAUCAAAAUAGACAUGUUUUGGAAAAGCACUGGAAAUGAAUCAUGUAUAAAUACAUAUCAAGUAUU